AGAAGAAGAAUCCCCCAUGUGUAGUGUAGUUUAGAGGCAACAUGGCGGCUCCUCUUGAGGUGAUAGUAAGCAGUGACUCCGGUUCUCAGCUCUGGAACUGCACCGUGUUCGACCUGCACAGCGGCUCCAGCCUGCUCUCUUACCGGGGAGGGAACAGCUCCGCCCGGACUCUCACCGUGCUCAGCGGGGGGCACCUGCUGUCCGCCCAGCUGGGGAAGAACUUCAUGAACGUGUGGGAGAUCCAGAGAAAGGAUCAGCUCCAGCAAAAGAUCGUGUGUCCAGGUGUGGUCACCUGUCUGACCGCCUCACCCAAUGGUGUGUUCCUCGCUGCCGCCAUCGCUGAGGCCGUUUACCUGUGGGAGGUGUCUACAGGUAAACUCCUGUCGGUCCUCAGUCGUCAUUAUCAGGACGUCACCUGCCUGAAGUUUACAGACGACAGCAGCCAUUUUGUUUCUGGAGGAAAAGACAACCUGGCCCUGGUGUGGAGUCUGUCCAGUGUGAUCCAGCUGGACUCAAGCCACACCCCUGAGCCACGUCAUGUCCUGUCUCGUCACUCUCUACCAAUCACAGACCUGCACUGUGGCCUGAUGGGAGCUCAGGCCAGAAUCGCAACCGCCUCCUUAGACCAAACUGUCAAGGUGUGGGAGCUGUCCUCAGGUGAGCUGCUCCUGUCCAUCCUGUUUGAUGUGGAGAUCAUGUCCGUGACCUUUGACCCCUGUGAGUACUUCCUCUUCUGUGGAGGCAGUGACGGCAACAUUUUCCAGGUGUCUCUGUGCAGCCAGAGUCUCAGUCGGGACAAAUCCUUCACAUCUGACAACGACGGGAACCAAGUCUUCAAAGGACACAGGAAUUUGGUCACAUGUCUGUCUGUGUCGAUGGACGGGACUCUCCUCCUGUCGGGGUCACAUGACGAGACAGUUCGACUCUGGGACAUCCAAAGCAAACAGAGUGUCCGCUGCCUGUCUCACAAAGGUCCAGUGACAAACGCCAUCAUCAUGGCGGCUCCGGCGAACAUGUUUCUUCCCGACAGUCGGCCCGCCCUCCCUUUGCCGCGCUUCAGCCGACACCUUCACACCGCUGAGGGCGACGGGGGGGAGGCGGGGGAGGUGUGUGUACGGCUCGGACUCUACUCACAGGAAGAGGAGGAGUCAUACCUGCAGAAAGCUGAUAGGCUGAAUGCUUUGAUCAACGCUGUGACAGACAAGUCUGUGUUCGGUGACGGGGAGAAUUCGAAGGUUCGUGUUUCCGAGCUGGAAGAAGAAGUUCAAACUCUGAAGAAAGUCAACAAAGAUCUUUACGACUUCAGCAGCCAGUUGCUCACCAAGCCCACAUAGACACACACACACAAUGUACACAAUGUACACACAUACACAGAAACCAACACAAUGUCCUGUGACUUUUCCUUGUUUCAAAAUAAAAGCUUUUGUUUUUUCUAUGA